CACGAGUUUACUAUAUAUAUAUUUUACCGCAAACGCUGACAGCUAGAGGAGCUUGACGAGCAUUUCGCUGAUUUUGACAAAAAUGUAGCCUAUUGGAUUAGAAUCACAGGCUGUGUCUUUAAAUGACGUGCGUGUGCAACAUUUUAAUUCAUUUUUAUUAGAAGACACCUCCACCCCCCAUCUCAUUCUAAUUUAUGUACUUUAUUAAAGAUUUAUAAUGGCAAUCGAUGCUUAAACAUGACAGAUUAUUUGGUGUUUUACAGGAAAAAAGUAGGCUUCCCAUCUGAGAGACCCUCUUGUCGCUGAAUAGCCUACAGCGGUGGGCGGUAUUGAACCUUGCUGUGAGAUCCGAUACCCAUAUGUUACUUGCUUUCCGUUUCAAGCAACUUUAGAUUGGGAGCAAGUCGAGGAGAUGGUUAUUCCUGCAUUUUUCCAUUGUAAACGGAAAAGGGAAGACGAUAGACUACCCCACGGAGACAGAAAGACGACUCCGCCCGCAGAAGAAAAUGAUACAGGCUCAUUCACCGAAAACCACGGGAAGAUAUAGAAGUGAAUACGACAACACAGAUGGUCUGCACACGUUUUGCUUUUAAACAGGAGUUUUUCAGAUAACUCGAGAUUACUUAAAGAUCGGACGUAAAACUCGUAAAACUGUCUUGUGGAUUGCUUUAUUUUUGUACGUCUGGAAGAUAAUAUUAUCUAUCGAAGUGUGCCAUGUAACUUUUCUAUAGUAGCCUAAUAUGACAAGUAAUAAGUGUCCAUAAUUGUAAGACUAGGACAACUGGCAUUCAUUUUAUCUAAACUACUGCUUCAUCUACAGCUUGAGACGUUGAUGUGCUCUCUCUGGGACUGUGGACUGUGCAAUUUAUUUUGUGGGGGGGAUAGUUAGACAAACAUACCCCUUUCAAUGGUUUGUACAUAAGGAAUAAGUAAAUCUCUUGUUUCUCUUUGUGACAAUUUUGACUUUGCAAAAAUGAAAUGCCCAACAAUGCUUUCUUGUUUUUUGGUGAUGCUGGCAACAGCAAAAAGCGUCUCAGAGGUAUUGCCACAAGCAGAGACACAGCUCAGAGGAAUGAACAGCCAUUCAUAUAGAAACAGUACUCAGAGUCAGCACUCAGAUACUGGGAUCAAAAGGCAUAUUGAAAACAUUGCGCAACCUGCUGGCCGUGUUGCCGCACCCACCACCUCAGGAAACAGUGGAGGAUUCAUAAAGUCACAGGGGAAAAUGAGCCCUGACCAGUUAAGGACUGCAUGGGCCAGUAGGGUGCAGAGAAACAGGCCCAGGCAUCAGACCAGAAAACUGGCCCCCACCAGUAGUGACUCCCUAAACCACAGUGGACUUCGACCUGGGCAGCCACCUUCGCCAGCCCGGCAUCUCAACAUAAGCCUCUCCAUCAGCAUACUGGCCAAAUUUGCUGGAAGGAAUCGAGUGCUUGUCAUCUCAGCACCACAUAAAUCCGAUAGUAACUAUCAACUGCUGAUGAGCCUGAUGAAGACAGAUGUGUACUGUGAGAUGGCUGAGCGUCACAUGCAACAGAUUGUCAUGUUCCACCGAGCGGGGGAGAUGGGAGGUACGGUGAGGCACAUCACCAAGCAAGGCUCCAUCCUAGAGGAGCCCCUGGAGGCUGCCCUGGUGCCCCAGCUAAUGGCCUUUCUGAAACUAGAAGAGAGUACAUUUGAGAUGGUCCUCCUGAAGAAGACACUGCAGGUUCAGGAGCGGUACCCAUUCCCUGUGAAGCUGGAGGCAGUGUUUGAGGCUGUGGAUCAGGCUCCCAUACGCCGCCUGGAAAGGGUGAGGCAGAAAGGGUUGGUCAAAAACUGUAAGGAGGCUGGUGUGGAGGGGCAGGUGGUGAAAUCGGCUAGGCUGGUGCCAAAAGGUCCUAAGCUACAGGUGGACUCACAUACAGACUUCAAGGGAGAUAGGAUCAAGUCUACAGCCGUUAGCACCAGAAGACAAGCAACAUCUGCACAAAUAACUUCCACCAGCACCAGCACCACAAUCACAACCUCCUCAGCCCCGGGUGCUAUCACCUCAACCACUUCUGCUGCUCUGAACGAGAACCCCACCAAUGCACACGGUUUCUCAAGUACAUCAGCUACUGCUGAUCCAUUUGACCAACAUUCCACCAGAAAUAUUCAGAGUGACAGCUAUCAGCCCAGCACUAGCACAUACACUACCACUUCCAAUGCACAUGAAACUGAUAACGUGACGGAGCAUGCUGUCAGUAGAGUCACGUCGGCUAAGCACAGUACACAGAAGAACGAGAUGAGCGUGGCACGUGAGAAGAAACAAAGAGAAGACGUGAGCAGGGAAGAUAUUGAGAAGGCCACUGUCACUGAUUUCCAAGACGAGGUCAUCAGCCAAAAAGGUAAAGUCAAACAUGGGAAAACUGAAAAGAAGCCAAAGUCUGAAAAGACAGACAAAACGCAGAAAAAGAGUAAAGAAAACAAGAAACCAAAAGCUCUUAAGGACAGUAAACAUACUAAGAAUCCUGAGAGAAAGGCACUCAUUGAUGAAGUAGAUAGCACCUUGAAGUUAUCUGACAAGUCAUCUGCUAAGAAGAGGUCUCUGGCCAGAUUUAUAAGUUACUUUGAGAAAAGGAGAAGAUUAAUUGUGAUCACUGCUCCCACAGAGCUCAACGGCAUGUACAAACAGCAGAGGGAUGAGUAUCUGGAGCAUGUGUGUGAUAUGGCCCUCAGGAAAGUUUCUGUCGUCACAAUCUUUGGCCCUCUCACUAAUGGCACCAUGAAGAUUGACCACUAUCAUAUGGAGCAAGACAAGCCAAUGAGGGGGAUGCAGGAUGAUGACCUUGUUAAUCAUGAUCUCAUCCUGGCCUUUCGCAAUGAGCUGGGAAUGACGCAUGAUGACUUCUACAUGGUACUAACUGACUUUGAGAUCAAAGUGAAGCAACAGUAUGAAGUGCCCAUUGCCAUGACGGCUGUGUUUGACUACAUGGACACUUUCACCUCACGCAUUAAAGAGAUGGAACAACAGAAGAGACAGGGUGUGAUGUGCAAGAAAGAGGACCAAUCAAGAACGCUGGAGAACUUCCUUUCACGGUUCCGCUGGAGACGCAGGCUGUUUGUAAUGUCCUCACCUAAUGAUGAGGAGUGGGCCUACCAACAGCAGCUCUAUACCCUAACCACCCAAGCCUGCAACAUGGGUUUACGUCAUAUGUCUGUGCUGAAGCUAGUGGGGAAGGAGGGAGAAGUCAUGGGUGGAGUUCUGGAACUAUAUCCCAUUAAUGGAAGCGCUUCAGUGGAACGGGAGUACCUCUCUGCCACACUGGUGAAGGACAUCAGAAACUACUUCCAGAUCAGUCCAGAGUCCUUUUCUAUGCUCCUUGUGGGGAAAGAUGGGAAUGUCAAGUCUUGGUAUCCCUCUCCAAUGUGGUCCAUGUCCACCGUCUAUGACCUGGUGGAUUCUAUGCAGCUGCGCAGACAGGAAAUGGCUAUCCAGCUCUCUCUUGGCAUGCGUUGCCCAGAAGAUGAGUACACCCAUCGAGAGGGUCACCAUGAUGGCCAUCGUCGUGGUUACGGUUACUAACAGACAGGAGCCUGAUGCCUGGUGUAUGUUAAACUAUCACUAUAAGAUACAAUCCAAAUGGAUAUGAUAAUCAAACUGAUUUGCUUAUGUUAUGAAUCCGCAAGAGAAUCUGCAAGUGCUAUUGUAAUGCACCAGUCUUUCAUGAUACUAUCUGGUCCUUUGGAUCAAACACAGACUAGACAUUUCCAGUUGAUUUUUAGCUUCUAAAUUCCAGUUUUUGUAACUUCCGUAUUAUACAUAUUAGAACUUGAAAUGUGGGUUCGUUUCAACGUAGUAUUAAAAUAAAUUAAAAUUGUCUCUGCAGUGUUUUUGGCAAAAGUAUACAUAUUUAUUAGCAUCUUAUAAUGGACAGGCAGCUCAUUGAGGAUCACCUAGGUUACAAUGCCCUCUCUACAUCUCCAACAUAAUGCACCGGUGAUUCAAUUGUAGGGUCAAUUUGAAUGGCAAAAUAUUUGUGCUAAAGUACUCUGCCAAAUAUUUGAUUAAUUUACAGACUGGGAUACUUGUGUAGUCAGAGGUGUCUGAAUGAGUUAUUUGAAGAUGAGGCUUAAAGCUGUAUAACAUGUAAGCAGCAGAAUAUGAGGAUUUUAAUAUGGUAUCUUAUUAGGAGAUUUACAAAAAAUGUUUCUUCACAAUUAUUGUAACCAUGGUGAUUGUAGUAUAUUUCCCCCCAAUCUCAGUCGUCUUUUUUCCAGUUAUAUCAAGUUAUUUUACGUUUAACUUCACAAAACACGCAGAACACAAACAACAUUUUCAAUUAUUUAUUGAAACAUGUGAACAAAGAUGAAUGAAUAUGUGUUUGAACAGAAAUAUCCCACCAACAUCAGCAGACUCACACAACACUACUUAGUGCAUGAGCCAGAAGGAGUCACCACGGCCACUUGGGGGCGCCAAACGCUCACUAUAUUUUUCUGAAAUCAUCUCUGCAUCUCUGGAGUGGAUUUCCGCAUGACAACAAUUUGGAUCUGGUAGCUUUUUGAUCG